GCGAAUAUUCGCAUUUUUGAAUUUUUAUCACGAAUAUCGCAAAUUCGCGAAUAUUGCAAAUGUAUUUGCUAUUACGAAUAUUCACUUUUUCCCCGCAUAUUCGCAUGUGAGCCAAUUAGAAUGAUGCAAAUACACUUGUCAGAGGUUAUGAACAACAUCCCAACAACCAAUAGUAAAGUUGCCCAUCCUCUCGUUGUUUUCUUCCUCGAAUAUGCGAAUAUAACAAAUACGCAAAAUUCACGAAUAUAGGACGAAUAUUCGUCUAUAUAUUUGCAAAAUAUGGCGAAUUUGAAUAUGAGCAAUGCCGCUCAUCACUACUCGUCAUGUAAACACACCACAGCUUAUUCAAAAAGGUUUCCUGAAUCAAGAGAGGAGCUUCAAGUUGGACAUAUUUAGGUCAACAGCAACGUCUCCUGACCUCUCCAAACAUACGAACCUUUGGCUAUGCAGAACAUUGACUUUAAUGGGGUCCGUCUGGUUUUUGUUUACUCAGCAGUAUUUGGCUGCUUGCAGUCAUACUCUGCUUAAAAAACAGAAUGUGUGACAUAGCCCCCCGAAUGGGGUUCUGACGCAGAUAGGAACCGAACCUUAGCCAAGUGACAGCUCCACUAAACGAGAUCUCCUUGUGCCUCCAUAUGUGCCAUGUGAAUGAGGCUUUGGGCCUACUUCUCACCUCUAUAAUAAAGCAUUCAUGUCACAUCACUAAUAGGUGCUUAAUGAAAUGUUAGUAGACACAAAACCUCUGCACAAGUUUCCUCCUCUCUUCUCGCUUCUAUGCCUGACACAUUUUCUUUGUCUUGUAUGCAAUGUAUUACAUCUUAUCAGCAAUGUUCCUAUCUUAAUUGAGCGAGAUAUGGAGUAAAAACUCAAAACAUUCUAUGUAAGACAAAACCGAACCUAAUAUACCCCAUCCCCAAACUCCACCCUAAUAAUAUAGGAUUAUAUACGUCAAAUUUAAUAAAAGAUAAUAAGGACUGAUUCAGCAAAGGGGAGAUCUGUGUUCUGUGAUCUAUUUACUAGGCAUAAAUCCCAUUCGGGGGAAGGGAUAGGCUUUGUCAGCUUGUGGACAAACAUCUCAGUGGAAAAAUCAAACUCAUUAAUUCCCUAUCUUAAAGUUCAAUUUAUCUAGGGACGUCCGGCAGGGUGCGAAGGCUGCGGGGAGCGGCCAAUCGUUGGCCAUCACCCAUUACCUCGGCCAAUAACUACAUGGAAUGACAAAGGGGGGGGGGGAGGUGAGUCAAUGCGAAAUAUAACUCACCUGAAUAGUACCAAUCAAUUGGUUAGCAGGGCUAGAAGAAGUUGUUGGGACUAGAUAGCAGGGAAUAAGAUUUUACCAUCAGGGAGAAGACUAAUAGACCAAAAAGAAGGGAACAAAAAGUGCCGGGGAGUGGAGGUAUAGAAGAAGGAACUUAGAGAUUCAGCUGUAUUACUGGGGAACUUCUGGAAUAAGAUGUGAGACAGCUACAUCUCGCAGAUACGAAAGCUGAGCUUGGGGGAAUCUAGGUGAAGAAAUCGAAAGAAGGGAGAGGGAACAAAGGAAAUGGUGAUUGGAAAAGGAGUGAGAUGAAGUGGAAGAGAAUUGGGGGAGAGAACAAGACGGAGGUGGGAAGAAAAAAGAGAGCGCACUGAAGGAGCGAGAAAGUGAGAAAUGAGAGUUUGAAAGAGACAGUGACGAAGUGAGAGAUAGUGAGGAACACACAGCCGGGCAGGGAGAGAGAACAAGGUGAGACGGAGAACCGGUGGGAUUACAGAGAGGGAGAGUGUAGAAGAGGGAGCAAAGAAGAAGAGAAGAAGAAGAAGAAGAGUGCAACUAAGAGCAGGUGACAAUACAUUACCAUAGAGUAGUCAUUCUAGAGGUAAGGAAGGGGAAAUGAGACAGUAGAUUAGAAGUCCUGAAAGUAGACCUUCUGGGAGGUUUAGCCGCCUGACUCACAGCUGAUAACACUUGAUUCAACUGACAAUUUAGGAGAGAGUUCGACCCCCAUUUCAUGGGUUUGACCCAUGCUGGAAAUUUCUCCAGCAGUUUUGCUGGUAUCAUAUUAGGAGAGCAGCUGAACUAAACCUAUUUAGGAACAUGGAGACCCAUCAUCCAGGAGCUUUUAUGUUGCCACCUUAUUCUGAAAUUAAAGCCCCUCCUGGUUGCCAAUUUUCUGCCCACACAACUUUUCACAAGCUGAGCAGCACUGUACUGGGAUGCCAUCUGCCUUCCGGUACCCCACACGGCAUCUCAGACAUUCUCAGCCGACCACUACCAGGUCCACAUGGUGGGAUGCUGCCAGCCUACCCCUCAGUGCCAGGAUAUGGAAGAGCAUCGGCUACCAGUGGUUGUUUCAGUGAGCAAGGGAGCGUUAUGACCAAGAGCGGAAGCCCGUAUAGCAACCAGGACCAAAGCAGCUGGAUGGACAUUGGGCAGGAAUGGAGAACGAGCAAUAGGACACUCGGUAAUGGUCACACAAUGAACACGGACAUGUCCACAAGAAAGAAGCAUACCCGUCCUACUUUCACCGGACACCAGAUCUUUGCCUUGGAGAAGACAUUUGAGCAAACAAAGUAUCUUGCAGGACCAGAAAGGGCAAGACUGGCAUUUAGCCUUGGCAUGAGCGAGUCCCAAGUUAAGGUCUGGUUUCAGAAUCGUCGCACUAAGUGGCGUAAGAAGAGCACUGCAGACCCCUCAGGACCCCCUUCCCUUGGUUCUCGGGCCCCUGGAGACCUCACACCCUCUGAGAAUGAGGACGAUGAAUAUACUAAACCCCUGGAUCCUGACUCUGAUGAUGAGAAGAUUCGCCUGCUACUGAGGAAGCACCGGGCAGCGUUCUCUGUCCUCAGCCUGGCCCCUCACAAUCUGUGACUGAAUAGACAAAAAGGACUUCACCCCCCCGGAGAUAUCUGUAUGGUCCAUGUCCUAGACAAGGAACCCCAUGCACUGCGUCAUGCAUGUUCUGGAACACACUGGAAAUCAAUCCCCAUUCUCCAAUGUCACCCAAACCAUGGACAAUGUCAUUUAUUGUAAAAGAGUCCAUGGAAAGAUGGGUGUUCAGCCGGUCAGAUACACUAUGGUGACCAGUGUGCCAAAAACUCUCAUGACUGGAAAAGAUUUGCCAAAAUCCCUACAGCUUUCUGACUGCGGCCCCGAAAUCUCCACAACCCGGACUUGCUGCAUUGCGGUCGUCAUGAAUACAGAUUUUGCUGCAUUCUUAAACCCGUAUUUAUCAGCUUCUAUAAAGAAUAUCCCUACAGUAUAUGACAGAGGAACGCUAUAUAUAUUGUGACCAGGUAGAAGAGGCACUUGGG